CGCCAAAACCGAACCGUUAGUCUUUGACAAGACGUUACGUACCUAGACGACCGCGGUAACCUCACGGACUCGGAGAUCCCAAAACCGCAAAGACAGAGGGAAGAUUCGAAUCUUCGUUCUUGCACAUCGAUGGUCUCCCACAGAUCUUCACAACCUGAAUCGUCAAUCACGUGACCAUAAUCUCAUAAAAUCUUUGAUUUACCCAACUCAGUCACCGACUUGCCGGACGAUUUGAUAUUGGCUCCGAUCAGCUUCAAUUCCGCCAAUGAGACGCCACUUUGUCCGUUUUCUAUUUAUUUUCUUGCUCGUCGUAGGGCUAUCGGGCUCAGCCGGCGACGUUUCUAACUCGGAGGUCUCAAAGAUCUCGUAUAAGAGUCUGAUUGGGAACGAUUUCAAUAGCCACAAUCGAGCCGCCAAGCGAACUCUCCUGUCACUGUCAAAUGAACAUGACACUGCACUUGUUGCUGCCCUGGAUGGUACAAUCUAUUUGAUCGAGCCUAAAUCUAGAAAAGUACUCUGGUCAUUUACAUCAGGCUCAUCUAUUUAUUCUUCAUAUCAAGCUCCUGUCAACCAUGACAACGAUACAGAAAAUGUCUCUGGACCUGGUGGUGGUUACUUCAUAGAUUGUGGAGAUGACUGGGAGUUGUAUGCACACAACAGGCUUGGGAAAGUGAAAAUUCCAUCUACUGUUGAAGAUUUUUUGAAGAUUAUGCCACACGUAGAUGAAAAUGGAGGCGUUGUUGUUGGAUCUAAAAUUACUACUGUUUUUCUGGUUGAUGCUAAGACUGGAAGGCUAAUUCAUACGUAUAGUUCAUCCGAUUCUACACCCACAUUGCAGACCAAUGAAGAGAAGAGUGUUUUAUAUAAUCCUGCUAUUGAGGAAACAGGACAGUCAGGUUCUACGGACUGGAAAACCGGUGAGAUGCCACUUUACAUCACGAGGAAGGAUUAUUCACUCAAGUCUUUUGUUCCAAAGUCGGACAAAGUUUUGUGGAAUUUGACUUUUUCGGAAAUUGAGGCAGCUUUUCUUUGUCAAGACAUUGAGAAUUCAGUUAGCGGACUUCAUCCAGAUUCUGGAUACGAACUUCCUUCGGAACCUGAUGCUCGUUUUAAUAUGCCAUUGGCAUGUCAAUCAAGGGCUGUUGUCUACCGCUUUCGCAGUCAUAACAUGUUAGAAACUCUCCAUAGUCCUAAAAUGCUUCCCAAGGUUCAUGGUGGAGAUGUAAUGCUCCCAGAGUCCGCAUCACUUCCUAUGCUUCCUUCACAACCGAAGAUUGAUCAAGUUUUGGAAUUUCAUCACACAUCUCCAAAUCUUUUGCUUCCUUCACCACUCAAUGCCAAUGAACUUUUAGACUCUCCUGACCACGAUAACAGUGAUACAAUGACCUCUUUGCCUCAAUUGACUGACUAUUCAGCAAUUGCUGGUGUGCAAGUUGUGCAAAUGCCUAAUAAUGAUGGAUUAAGAAUCCUUUCCGAAGGUUCUAGAAUAUUGUCUCUUGUUCCUUUUGUUACCAUUCUUGUGGGCCUUGUUACUUACCGCUGCAUUGUAGUGGCAAGAAAACAAGUUGAGUUGGCUAAGCAGCCAAGAAAUUUAAAUACUAGAGCUGUACCUUCAAAAAAGAAGAAAAUUCGCAAAUCAGGAAAGAAUAGUGGCAUUGGUGAGGGAAAGGAGAAGAUCACAUUAUCUGAUGUUGGGGAUGGAUAUGCAAGCAUUGAAAGUGAUAACAAACUGCAGUUGAACCUCAAUCAGUCAGCUGAUGGCAGCAUAGAUGGACGUACUGUUGGUAAAUUAUUUGUCUCCAACACAGAAAUUGCGAAGGGAAGCAAUGGUACCAUUGUCCUUGAGGGAAUUUAUGAAGGUCGUCCAGUUGCUGUGAAACGCCUUGUCAAGGCCCAUCAUGAUGUUGCAUUUAAAGAAAUUCAGAAUCUUAUUGCAUCUGACCAUCAUCCAAAUAUUGUUAGAUGGUAUGGCGUGGAAAACAAUCAAGAUUUUGUGUAUCUUGCUUUGGAGCGUUGUGCUUGCAGCUUGAAUGAUCUAAUCCAGCUGUACUCAGAUUCCUUUGGAAGCCCAGUGUGUACAGAGGACCAAACUACAAAAACUAUGAUAGAGUAUAAAGUCCAUUUGAGCUCAAUGAAGGGUAUUACACAAGAUAUUAAAUUGUGGAAAGCAAAUGGCUACCCAUCACCUACAUUACUGAAACUGAUGAGGAAUAUUGUUUCUGGGCUUGUGCAUUUGCAUGAAUUGGGGAUAAUUCAUCGAGACUUGAAGCCUCAAAAUGUUUUGAUAAUUAAGGAACGGUCUUUAUGUGCAAAGCUCUCUGAUAUGGGUAUCAGCAAACGCCUUGUCGGGAAUAUGUCUUCCUUGGGUCACCAUGCUACUGGAUGUGGCAGCUCCGGAUGGCAAGCUCCCGAACAGCUUCUCCAUGGACGCCAAACGCGUGCAGUGGAUACAUUUAGUUUAGGUUGUCUUCUUUUUUACUGCAUCACUGGUGGUAGACAUCCGUUUGGUGAGAGUCUUGAACGUGACAUGAAUAUUGCAAAGAACAAAGUGGACCUUUUCUUAGUGGAGAACAUUCCAGAAGCUGUGGAUCUCAUCUCUCGUUUGUUAGACCCUAAUGCUGAAUUGAGGCCAAAAGCAUUGGAGGUGUUGCAUCAUCCUUUGUUUUGGAGUUCUGAGACACGGCUGUCUUUUCUUCGUGAUGCCAGCGACAGAGUAGAGUUGGAAGAUAGGGAGACUAAUUCUGAUAUUUUAAAAGCACUAGAAAGUAUAGCACCAACGGCCUUAGGUGGAAAAUGGGAUGAAAAAAUGGAAGCUGCAUUCAUUAAUAAUAUUGGACGUUACAGACGCUAUAAGUUUGACAGUGUUCGUGACUUACUGAGAGUAAUGCGAAACAAGUUGAAUCAUUAUAGAGAACUUCCCAUAGAAAUUCAGGAAAUUCUUGGACCAGUACCUGAAGGUUUCGAUGACUAUUUUGCAAUUCGAUUCCCAAAGCUCUUCAUUGAAGUAUAUAAAGUUAUGUUCGAGUACUGUAGCGAGGAAGAGUUCUUUCACAAGUACUUUAAAAGCAAUAAUACUCAGUAGUCAGUAGGUAUCUUAGUGACUAAUGGUAGAUGCCCUAAUAUAUGUCCUGAUACGUGAUCAAAUAUUGAUCGUGUAUUCAUGUAAAUGUGUCUGUAACAAUGUAUGAAACGCUUUUGAUUAAUCUUAUCAACUUAUAUUACCCAGCA